GCCAUGAGCUGUGGAACCGGUCAAUUCAAAAGUUCAAAAGAUUACAAGCAGAAGAAGCUCCCUCGCCGCCGCAGAACCCUAAUCCGAGUUCCCUCGCCGUGCCGGAGCACCGUUCCAACGCCGUCGCUGGGAAACCGUUGAAACAAAACUCUAGCGCCAUGAAGACUCCACAAAGUGCGUCUAAAUUGAAAAGGAAAAGGGAAGAAGGUAAAGGUAAGAAAAAAAAGAAAGAAGGCAAUAAGCAGGAAAAAAGGAAAAUUGCAGAUGUCCCUAAAUCUCGUAGCAUGCUGGAGGAUGUCCAUGAUGAAGGGGAAGGGUUUGACAAUGAGUCUCCUAGUAGCAAAGUUACGGAAAGUUUGUGGCAAGAUCCUGAUGACAAUGAUUCUGGAUUAAUAGAAGGUUCUGAAACCGAAGAAGAUGUUGGGUUUCAUUCAGAUGAAGAAGAUAUUGUAAUUAAUGGUCGACUGACUUCUGAAGAUUCAGUGCAGUUGAGUUCUUUUGAUUUACAUUUGCAACAUGAUUUAUCCAAAGAAGAAAUUGACAGUGAAAGGAACAGGAAAUUUAGCUGGGAGACUCCAGCUAUUGGUUUGUCAAAUUGCAAAUGGACAGGAACUGGAGAGAACAUUUUGGAGGAUUUGGAUAUCAAUUCUUGUCAUGGUCUCAAAGCAAAGUUGUCUGAGCAUUGGAUGGAUGUAUACAAGACAUCUGGAGGCAAAGAUAUUAGUUCUCCUAAACAAAAGAUGUUUUUCUCCCUUUGCAGCAGCUACAGGGAUAUACUUUACUGUAACAAGAGGCCUUUCUAUCUCAAAGGGCUUGAAGAUGCAAGCAUCAUGGAUGCAUACAUAAUGCAUUCUCUCAAUCAUGUCUUCAAAACUAGAGACUGUGUGAAAACAAAUGAUGCCAAACUGACCAAGCUUAAAGAGAAUGCUGAUAGUGAUAGAUUUCGAGAUCAGGGCUUUACUCGUCCUAAGGUUUUAAUUUUAUUGCCAUUGUCAAGCAUUGUAUAUCGUGUUGUAAAGAGGCUUAUACAGCUCACACCUUCAGCUUACAAGGUCAAUGUUGAACAUAUGGAUCGUUUUUCAACAAAAUUUGGAAGUGAAGAACAUAAAGGUGAUAUAGAAAAUGGCGAAGAGUCUGAAAAUGCAAAACCUCACAAUUCUUCCAAGCCGUCUGACUUUCAAAUACUUUUUGGUGGCAAUAAUGAGGAUGACUUUAUGAUUGGCAUCAAAUUUACUAGGAAGACAAUCAAGUUGUUCAGUGAUUUCCAUACCUCAGACAUUAUUAUUGCCUCAGCACUUUGCUUGGUUAAUAAAAUUGAGGAGGCUGGGAGUAAUAAGGAAAAAGAUGUAGAUUUUCUUUCGUCCAUCGAGGUUCUGAUUAUUGAUCAUGCAGAUGUAAUAGCAAUGCAGAAUUGGUCUCAUGUGCAUACAGUUAUUGAACACUUGAACCGCCUGCCAUCUAAGCAGCCAGGAACAGAUGUAAUGCGCAUUAGACCAUGGUAUCUUGAUGAUCAUGCCAGAUUUUACAGGCAAACAAUAAUACUGGGUUUUUAUUCAAAUCCAGAUAUAAAUGCUUCAUUCAAUCAUCAGUGCAUUAAUUAUGAAGGGAAGGUGAAACUGAUCUGUGAAUAUAAAGGUGUCUUGCACAAAGUGCUACCUGACAUACGACAAAUUUAUGAACGAUUUAGUGUAGACUCAAUAGUAGAAGCUGAUGAUGCCCGUUUUGAUUAUUUUGUUAAGAAGGUUUUCCCCAGAAUAAAAGAUUUAGAUCAGGGAGGGACUAUGUUAUUUACCAAUUCUUACUUUGAAUUUAUUCGAAUCCGAAAUUUUUUAAAGUCACAGAAUGCCUCCUUUUGUCUGCUUGGGGAGUAUACAACACAAAGUGAUAUUUCUCGUGCACGUCUUUGGUUUUACGAAGGCAAAAGAAAAAUUAUGCUUUACACGGAAAGGUCUCAUUUUUACCACAGAUAUAAGAUUCGUGGGGUUCAGAAUUUAAUCAUUUAUUCUCUCCCAGAGAGGAAGGAAUUUUACCCUGAGAUUGUGAAUAUGCUUGAUGGGUCUGACAAUAUGACAUGCACGGUCCUUUUUUCCUUCCUUGACAAGCUUCGGCUGGAAAGAAUUGUUGGAACUACUCCAGCCAAAAGAAUGGUGGCCGCGGACAAAGGUGUUUUUGUUUUCUGCCAUUAGAAUUCUGCCAUGCGAAUUAACUUGGGUCCGUCGUGGUGGCAUCGUUCCCUUAGUCCCCAAGAGGCUCUUGAAAAUGAUUUUGACGCAAAGAUGAGUCAAAAAUAGUUUUUCCAAGGAUGCUUGGAGGAAAAUUUUGUUUGGGUUUCAAUUUAAUGAUAGCAGACAUUGUAAAAUAGUAGAAGGAAUUACAAUUUAUAACUGCUAGGUGCUAGCAUUAAUUCUGAUAAUAGUUUUAUUUUUUUUCGUAAAAUAUAUUGAAUAAUACCAAAUGUAACGGAAGUCACGUUUUAUUUGGUACGAUCGAACCUUGGGACUUGGCGAAGCAUUGUGAGCAACGCAAUCCCAUCCAUCUGCCAUUGAUAAUCUUGCCCUUCCAUGAUGAUCGUUA